AUGGUGGACACUGCCUCGAAGCAUCGAGCUGAGUUUGCCUUUGCUCAGCUUGAGAACGAGAGAUCUCUGACAUCUCUUCGUGACGAGCUAAGGGUAGCUCGUGGGAUUGUUGAUCGGUCUCGGGCUGAGAUAACUGCUCUUCAGACCCUUGUCGAUUCCCACCAUCGGGAGCACAAGGCUCUCUGCGAGAUGCUUGAGCGCAAGGGCGUUCUUCAUCGGAAGAAGCAGCGUACUGAUGGUACGGCUUAA